AUGGAGGAUUACAGGGAGUUUGUGCCAAGCUCUCAUGAAGGUGAUACUUCUGACGACAAUGCUGACUGUGAUGAUGAUCCUGACAGUAACACGCCAAUGGACAGAUAUGCUGAUGCUCAUCAAUCCGGCAACAGCAAACAAAAGGUCAAGACAAACCAAGAGGAUCCCUCGAAGCUAGGAUUUUAUCUGCCCACUUGGCAAACAUUCCUGCAGAUGGCCAAGUUAGAGAUGCAGUUGCAGGCUGUUCUAGCUACUCCAGUUCUGGAAUCCCAGGAAGCCCUUAACCUUGCAAGAGAAGUCUUGGACACUGUGCUAUGGACAUACCAUGAGAAGAAGAUUAAACUCGAGAGAGGCUACUUUCCAGAGUACAGCACACAGAUGUGCUGGCUGGGAAAUUUCAAGAACUUCACAGUGCAGGCUCUCAAGGAUGCUUGUCUCAAAUUCUACUACAGCAACAGCAAGAAAGCAUUAAAGAACAUGGAUGAAUUCCACCAAACAAUCCCCAUUAAUGCAAUGCUUCUUGUAGCAGCAGUGUUGAAGGGUGUUAUCUUUGGCUUUCAUGAGACUGGCACCGACAAGGUUCCUGAAUUAACCGCUGAGCAAUGUAGGGCCCACUUCGUCAACUUACAGAAAUUGAUUGACACCCUGCUCAACAUUCCAGAGUGUUGUGAAGAGCUUGAAGACAUGUUGGAGCAAUGGGCUAGGAUUGGCAUGGGGGAUUUCAAUGAGUAUGCAGAUGGGAGUGCAAGUGAUGCGGAGGACAUUAAUAUCAUACUUUAG